GGGGCGCGCGUGCGAAGCCUCUCCGCCGCCUCUGCAGCUUUGCUGAACUUCUCAAGAGAAGGAAGUGGAAGCAAGGAGAGAGAAAGCGAAGGUGGACGGAGACCUGCAGGAGACAAAAGGGUUUCCUUCCUUCCUUUCAUUCAUCCAGGAUUUCGGGGAGUCCAGGAAGGCUGGCUCGCCCCCUUCUCGACUGGAGCCCAGUAACAUCUGCUUCUUCCUCUCUGAAGAUUGCAGGAGGCUGGAGAAAGGGAUGAAGAUGCAAAGGUCUCCAAGGUCUGAACUUGAAGUCGGAGAAGAAGAUAAUUACGGAAGAGCCGGCAGUGCGAUUCAUGAGGGAUAUCGGAUGGGACAACUCCAAGCGGAAGUAUCGCAAGCGAACCAACCCUCUCAAGGAUUACAACAGUACUGGGAAGCCCAAGCGCAGGAGUUACUGAAGAAGAUGUGGCCCCAUCACAUAGAAAGGGGAGAUUCAGAGACAUCGGAGGAGACCAUCCCGUGGGAAGAUGCCAAGUCCUUUCUGGCCUCCUUCGAGCAAGUGGCCAAAGCCUAUCGGUGGCCAAAGGAAGAGUGGGCGGCCCGGCUGUUGCCCGCAUUGAGCGGAGAUGCAGAGCAGGCCUUUCUGAGUCUGGAAGCCAGAGACAGGGAUGAUUAUGAGAAAGUGAAAGCUGCUAUAUUGAGAGCGGAUGCCCUGAAAACUGAAGCACAGCGUCAACACUUCCGGCAGUUUUGCUGCCAAGAGGUCGAGGAUCCGCGAAGGGUUUACAGCCAAGUCCAGGAGCUUUGCAGUCGGUGGCUGAAGCCGGAGAGACGCAGCAAGGAGCAGAUCCUGGAGCUGCUGGUCCUGGAGCAAUUCCUGGCCAGUCUUCCCCAAGACCUGCAAGGAUGGAUCCGAGGCGGAGGGCCGGAGACCUGUUCCCAGGCUGUGGCCCUGGCAGAGGACUUCAUGAUGAGCCAACAAGAGGAUGAAACAGAGAAACUGCAGGAAUUGAUGAACCUCAAAGAAACUUGGCCCGUCUUCAGCCCACCUCAGACCCAUCCAAGCCAACAGACCGUAGUCUGGAAGGUUCUGGAAAACGAUCCUAGGGAUGCAGAUUGGUUGGGUGGUGAAAGUGGAAGCCAGGUCAAGAUGGAGGAUUUGCCCUGGGAAAGAAACGAGCCAGAGGACAUCCCCAAGACAGUGCAACAGACCAGUCAAGGAGAUGUGCUGGGGAGACUGGGAAUGAACAAUGAAGGAUGUGAAUUCAAAGAAGAACAGGGGGAGCUGCCCAUGGGGUCAGAGAAUAAAUGGAAUGAGUGCCCUGGACAUCUUAACCUUAAACCUGCAGUUGAAUAUCUCGUCAAAGAGCCUGCAAGGGAUAAAGUGCCCACGUUCUCUAAGUGUGGUAGAAGACCUGAUACGACCCAUACUUUGGAGGAUAGCAAAGUACAUUUAAUGUCGGAAGAACUCCGCCAAGAAUUCUUUGAGGAGCAGGAAAGAGAUCAUUUGAACACAGAUCAGAAUAAUCAUACAGAAGAAACAUCCGAUAGUGCUCCUAAGCGUGGGAAGAACGUGGGCUUUGCCUCCUCGCUGAAGACAAAUCCAGGAAUACAGAAUGAAGGGAGAAUGUUCGGUUGUCCUCAGUGUGGGAAAUGUUUCCUGCAGAGAAGAGAUUUGAUGCUCCAUCAGCGUUCUCACCCUGAGGUCCUACCUUGCAAAUGUUUCCAGUGUGGGAAAUGCUUCAGUCAGCGAAGGAGUCUGACCAUUCAUCAGAGAACGCACACAGGUGGUAAACCGUACAAAUGUUUCCAGUGUGAGAAAUGUUUCAGCCUGGAGAAAUAUUUGAAGAGACACGAGGGCAUUCACAGCGGGGUGAAGGUGAAACCUUAUAAAUGUUCCCAGUGUGAAAAAGGCUUCAACCAAAAGAAAGCGCUGAAGGUCCACCAGAGGAUCCAUACUGGAGAGAAACCCUACCAGUGCUCUCAGUGUGGGAAACGUUUCAGCCAGCAAGGAAACCUCAUAAACCACUGGCGGAUUCACACCGGGGAGAAACCCUACAAAUGCCUUGUGUGUGCGAAGAGCUUUGGACGGAGUAACCAGCUCAAGACCCACCAGGGAAUCCACACCGGGGAGAAACCCUACAAAUGCCCUGUGUGUGGGAAGAGCUUUGGAUGGAGUAACCUGCUUAAGGCCCACCAGAGAAUCCACACUGGGGAGAAACCGUACAAGUGUUCUCAGUGUGGGAAAUGCUUCAAGGUGGGGAAAUACUUGAAGAGACAUGAAAGAAUUCAUGCCAACCAGAUGAAAGCACUCAAUGGGAGAAAUAAUGAAGUCAGAGAGAACAAUGGUUAAGGUACAAAAACCAUUCUAAUGUGACAAUCAAGUGGCUGUUUAGAGGUUUUUAGACUGCAAUACACCACAGCCCUAUCCAGUAUAAAGCCAUUGGCGAGGAAUGUUGAGAGAUGUAGUUCAACAUCAUUUGUGCGACUCUCAUUCUUUUUCUUGGACGAUUAAUUAAUUUCACAUGACUUUGUGAACAGCAUGAGUGGGGGAAACAUUUCUUUUGGAAAAAGGCUCCAAAGCAUAUCAGGUUCAUCCAUCUGUUAACGGACAGAUUUACUGCCCUGUUAUCAUUUCUCUAUCUGGACUGCCCUGUGGCUCAUCAUUUGCUCACCAAACAGGGUAGCUAACAUGAACACUCCUCUCAUAUAUACCUUAACAAAUCAAGUUCUGGUUAUUUUGUAAUAUGAGAAUAAACAUGUCGGUUUGUGUA